AUGUUGGCAAUUGGUGACUCCGUUCUCCGUAUCAUUAAUUUUGUGAUCCUUGUGAUUACUUUAGGUUUGACCGGUUCCCUUGUUGCUCAAGGUAACAACAACCCACAGGUCAACUUUGCAGUUUUCGCUGCAGCAUUCGCCAUCUUAACAUCCUCAUUCUAUGGGAUUUUGGCAUACAUUUUCGAAGCAUUUGCCUGGCCUGUUGUUUUAGCCACUUUUGACUUCUUAAACUUGGUGUUUACCUUUGCUGCAGCCACUGCUGUCGCUGCUGGUAUUAGAGUCCACUCUUGUUCUAACCAAGAUUACUUGGAUGGUAACAAGAUUACUCAAGGUUCCUCCGGUCGUUGUAGAAAGGCCCAAGCUUCCACUGCUUUCCUUUACUUCUCCUUCUUUAUUUUCCUUGCUUCCUUGAUUUUCUCCGUCAUCUCCCUUUCCAGAGGUGGUUUGUUCGGUAGAACUUCUUCAAAGGUUUAA